GGAUAGGGUCAGCGUGCGGCGCAUUUACAUCGUCUAUUACCGAAGUUGGAAAUGCGGCCGCCACAUUCAAGAUGAUCUGCACUGUGUGUACAGCCUUCCUCGAGGAUAUUCGCCAUGGUAUCUGCAAAGUCAAUAGCGAUACCGAUGGGGGCAAUAUCUAUUCUACUUUCAAUUUGGCCAGUCACCACAAGACACAUGCAGACUUCCAACGAUAUCAAACUGGAUGUGGCUCGUUCAGGGAGGCUGGGGUCCUUUAGAUCGGGAAUUGUAAAUAUCUACUCAUGUAUGUACUGCAUUUAUCUCGAUAAGCGGUUGAGUGACUGGUAUGACAGAUUCGACAGUUUCACGAAGAGAGCUUGGCAAGUAUCUUUCUUAAUUUCUACACAUGAUAUUCUGCAUCUCCUUACACGACAAGCGCAGCUCAGGAUAUCACCCCAAGUUCAUCAAAAUCAAAGUGUGCCGACAAGACCAUCGACAAUCGCUCGCGCUCCGGAGGAUAAUUCUUCAAGACUCGUGUUUGAAGACUUUACGAAUACCACAAUUCACCGGCGCCACCACCGCCCACCGGACGCGCUCCACUGCCUUCAAUCCAUCGAUGUCCACCACGACGCUCUCCGCCUCGACGAUUUCCACCACGACGCUUUCCUCCCUGACGUGCGUCACCACGUUCCAUCGAUGCCCACACGCGUGGCUCAACUUGCUGAAGAUGGCGGUGCUCACGCGACACUCCAUCAUACUGCUCAAUACACUGUGAGGGCGAUAGUCGAUGUGAUGCUCAAAACCAAUGUGGACGUCGUUCGGGCAGGGAAUGUUUUCGAGCCAAUCCGGCUCGUGGUGCUGAGAGGACUGGAUACGGCGGGAGGGCUGUGGACCUUGACUACCACGAGAGGGCUGAGAACUGUGGUCCAUGCGUGCCCUGGGGUCCUCACUACCGAUUUCUUCGAAUUCGAAAUUACGGUCAGGGUGCUGGCCGGGCUGAGAACGCGACGGUGGCAUGCGAGGUCCGCCGUACUCGUCGUCGCUCCAUGCUUGUUGACCAUAGGUAGGACCGCCAUUGCCUCGGCCUAGACGUCCAUGUAGCUCUUCGUCAUACUCAUCAUGGGCGUCAUAGCGGGUUUGGUCUGGCUGCGAGGGUCGAGAGGAUCGCGAUCCAGGGUAGCCGCUGCCAUUCGUGUUGUAGCUGGAGCCACCAGAGCGGCUGCCACCUGUUGGGCGGUAGAAUUGAGCAUUCCGCGCUGUUCGCAAGUCGUCCUCGUCUGAAUCAUAAGAGCGGUGAUCGGGGUUUGGUGGGCGUGAUGGACCAGGACGCGAGUUGUAAUCGUUGCUCUCGUCCCAGGGGUCAUUGCCGUAGUAUGGAGACAUCUUUGCUGUAGUGUUUCUCGUUGGUGUUGUUGGAUGUUGGCGUUAUGUGCAACUCAAGGUCGAGUUGUGUAAAGGUGUGUGGUAGAAGUUGCUUGGAAAUAGUUCAAGGCAGCUUUUGUAACUCCAUGGCCUGUCCGGUCGGUGAAAGGUGAUCGAAGUUAUGGACGGUU